GGUUAGAUUAUAUUUGAAAAAUGGUCAUGUUUUACACAAACUCAAGCUUAAUAAUCAUAAAACGAUUUGAAUUUUAAAAGAAAUAAUAUUUCAAAACUUUUCAAUCUAUUUAAUCAAAUAUGGAUAUGGAGGUUCAAGAACCAAAAUAUUCUCUUCAGUUUCAAAACUAUAAAGAUACUCUUUGUGGAAAUUUAAUAAGGUAUUUCAACACAAGGUGUUUUGUAAACGUAACGUUAAUUUGCAAUGGGGAAGCUAUUACGGCCCAUCAGGUGGUAUUGUCUGCAUGUAGUCAAUUUUUCGAAAAUAUUUUAAUUGCUCGGACAGAGCCUCACCCUGUUCUUGUUUUUGCUGACAUUCCAAAGAACCAUAUGGAGCUCUUAUUGGAAUUCAUGUAUAAGGGCCAAAUAAGUGUUUCUAAGAGUCUUCUUCCUUCGCUUCUAACAACUGCAAAAAAGUUGCGAAUACGGGGCCUGAACUAUGAGAGGUUUAACAAUCCACAGAUAAAUUCAGGAGGAGAAGUGUACGUGACUAAUACAACUCAAAAUUCAUCUCCUGUGUUAAUAGAAACGUCAAGACAAAAUGUCACUGUUCGAAACGUUCAGAAUAUUGAGGGUCAAGGUUUGGAUAAUGAAGAGUCCCCAAAGUGGUUAUCAUCGUCAACUCCAAAGAAACGAGAAGAAUGUGGAAAGAAAGUUAUAAACCCCUUUGCUGUGAAGUCUCGAAGUAUCAAUGACAGCGAUUCGACCGUAUACGAUUAUGACCCGUGUGCACCAGGACCGUCAAAAAAUAAUUUCAAUAAACACCCACCAUUUGCAGUCUUCUCCCCGGAUAAGAAUGACAGUGAUGUGGAAAUCGUUGAUAACGCCCCGAGUAUUGUGGUUAUUGCGGAUACGCAAACUAGUGAUAAUAGUUACGAUAAGCAAAAGAGAGUACAAAAACGAGGUAGGACAGUAAAGGCUAGCAGUCAGAUAAAUGAGGAUGAGUUCACGUCAGACGAUAGCGAAAUAAUAUCUAACAGCCCAAAGAAAGUGAAAAACAAUGUUAUCGUCGAUCAUUCCGAUGAUACAAGUGAUGUGCCAUUAUCAGUUAUAGUGACCCAGAAUUCAGCAACGUCACAAAACACGAAUAGGGGCGAAGAUGCUAAAUCAGAUAAGUCGGGUUCUCCAAAUAGAAGCGGGAACGGUGAAUCAAAUCUUUCGGUUGCCAUUGAAAAUGACCACUCUAAUGAAUCAGACAAGUCUGAAACGGGACAAAUUUUAAAUAGAGACAAUGGCGCAGUGUGGAGUUUAGAACCUGUAGAAGAACCUUUUGAAGGUUAUAAUAAAACUCCCUUUUAUAAGUUGCGUAAUUUCUGUAUCAUUUGUCAGAAAUAUAUGUGUGCUAACUUAAAACACGUUAGAAAACAUCAUGGUGGUGGUCAAAUUAGAAGAAAAACAUUUACUUGCAAAACAUGUUCGAAAAAGUUUUACCGGGAAAAAGUACUGGAAAUCCAUAAGUGCGAGGUUAAAAAAAAAAAUUGUUAGAAUAAGCUUUUUAAUGGAAAUGAUUUUAUUUAUACUUAAAUUAAUUUGCUUCA